AGUGAAACUAUAAAAGUACAAGUGUGAAAAAUGUGUGAAAGAAAUAAAAUUCAAGUGUAAAGAUAGUGACAGAAGUAGAUGUGGCGCGCGUGGGGCUGUAGAGGCCCACGGGUCAAUGGUACCACUGGCGGUGUUUCUGGCACUUGCUUCCAUAAUCGGCACAACCGCACCAGCUGAUCAUGGUCGCAAUCUGAGCCCUGACCACGAGUACAGGACCAAUACUAGGCUAGCACACUUACUGUAUAGUAAACACGCCAUGACACAUUAUAGAAAAAAGCGGGACUCGUCAGACGACCCCCGAUGCGCCCCGUUCAUGUAUGAACCCGGCAAGCGGGCGCUGACCAACCCUAUGAAUCCUGAGGACCAGGGCAAGCCGAGUGACAAACUGACAUACUCAAACCAUACCACGUGCAUUACGACUAUAGAUGCCGGUGGUGGUGGACAAGUGAUAGUCCUGUCAUUCGUCGACAAAUUUCACAUGGAAGAUCGUCCGCCGAAGUGCGAAUAUGACUUUUUAGAGAUAAGAGACGGCAAAUUUGGCUACGCGCUGCCAGCGUACAAGUUCUGUGGAAACAGCUUCCCCCCCACCAUCACCUCCGCCGGCCCUUAUUUGUGGCUCAAGUUCCAAUCAGACGACAGCAUCGAGUACUCCGGUUUCAAGAUUAAUAUCGAGUUCCAGCCCAACAGCAUGAGUCGAGAAAUACCAGAAUCGUGUAUAAUUAAUAAGAAAGACGACAAAUUUGGCUGGAUAGCGUCUGAGGAUGAAGAUGCCGAAGCUUGCCGCAAAGAGAGCCCCACCACACUGGACAUUCAGUGGAGGAUAGAGACCCCUGCCAACACGAGGAUCUAUUUAAACUUCACUGAAUACAAAUUGUCGUUUCCUAAUGAGUGCGAGGAUAACCUGGUGCAAGUUUUUGGUGCGGAACCUAAUUUCGACCACAAGCUGGCGUUCUACUGCGGUUCCGUGGCCAACCCGGUGACCACAAAGGUGGAAGACGAAGGGCUAGGUCCCAGCAACGUCAUGUACGUCAGGAUGUUCGCCACCAACAAGGCCAAGGCCUCACAUUUCCAGGCCCAUUUCACCUCUUUUCGGACUCUGAAGGGGGAUGAGUCAUGUGAUGGCACGACGGAGCUGGACUGCCAAGAUGGUACGUGCAUCGACUCAAGUCUAGGGUGCAACGGCAUCGCCGACUGCAGGCUCAAGUCGGACGAAGACCCUGAGAGCUGCAAGGAAGCGGCGCAGUCCCUGGUAAAGGAGCCCCACAUCCUGGUGAUCCUGGUGAUCUUCUCCCUGAUCCUGUCCGGGAUGAGCCUGGUGUUCCUCUUCAAGUGCAUCCGGAAGCUGCAUCAGGACCACAAGUACAUCAAAGAGCACCUAGCUAAAUCCUGUGAAGACAGACUAGACAAGCUAGCGGAGACCCAACUGACCCUGGAUCCAAACCUCUUAGACCCUGAGCCCCGCGCCAGCCUGGAGCGCGAGAACCACACCAACGAGAUGUACAAGCAGCAGAGGAACAAACGGAAAGUAUGUAAUGACAAGCUAGCGGAGACCCUAUUGACCCUGGAUCCAAACCUCUUGGACCCUGAGCCCCGCGCCAGCCUGGAGCGCGAGAACCACACCAACGAGAUGUACAAGCAGCAGAGGAACAAACGGAAAUCAAGCAGCAUCGAAUCCGACUUUCUCCACCGCGACACCUCCCUGGACCACCACCACGACUGGCCGGAGAGCGUCCCCGUCCCAGCCGAGGACAUCAGGAUAGAGUACAAGGGGAGACCGAGGCGGAGCGAUACCAGUAAAAAAGAAGAGUCACUGAGGAGUAAAGGUUCCAAGGAGGAAGAAAGGAAGGAAAACAGAGACGUGUCAGUCGGAGCUCCUGACACCAAGGAGUCUGGAUGUCAGACGAGAGAAAGUUUAUUCCAAGUGGAUACCGCUCCUAGUUCUGAUGGAACCAACUCGUCGAACAGCCGUGGGUUCUCGACGUUCGGCUACUCGGGCGCCACCGUCGUCCGGCCUUCACCCGCGCCCGCUAACACUUCAGAGAUAACUAUAGAACUGCUUAGGCAGGUCACCCCGCAGGAGUCUAUCAAACAAAAGAAAUUCGACCGUCGCCCCAUGAGCUCGGAAACCACCCGCUCAGCCCCUGACGUCAUCAUCGUCUCCAAGCCGAUUCGCUGAGGAUGACCCUCGGGGCCCCCGCCUUGGGCCCCGACCCCACCCCCCUCCUGGGUGCUGCCCCCGCGGCACCGCCCCGAGGGCUCCCACUACAACCACACGAAAAGCGUAUCAUUUGAAGAUUACGACGGUUAUUAUAGUCAGUACUUCGACGAAGGACCAAAGUUGAUUUAUGACUAUUGUUUAAAAAGUGACUAUUACAAGAAAGCCAAGACACUGCCAAGGAAUCUCGGGUCGUCCGUGGACAAAGUGUAUCCGCAGAGGUGUUUCUGUGAAACAGACUAUAGGAAGAGAAUGGUGGUUAAAGCUGAUGUGGAGCCAAAUAGAUAGCAUUCGAUGAGGUUCUAGACUGAGAAUAUUAAAGCCUAGACAACUAAAGCAUACCUGUUAAAAGUGGAGCCAAAAACACGACUAUAGUCAGACCAAGUUAACGUUGCACUGACUUUUAAUGUUCGAGUGUGGGAAUAAACAUCCACCGUAAACAUCACUACACUAUGUAAAAUAAAGUCUCCCGCGUCUGUCUGUUUGUGUUUGACAUUAUUUUUAUUAAUCAUUUUUAUAUUAAACCCAUACAUGACGACUUCUUCAAGGCGACAUAUU